CCUGUCAGUGGCUUCAGCAUUUUGUAUCAAUGAUUAGCUAUAAAUAGCAGUAAUAUUUCUCCAAUUAAAUACAGUUGUGAGUGUGUAAAACACAUGUGACAUCGGCCUUCAUCACCAUGCGAACGCCUACAUGUCCUGUUUAACUGUGAAAAUGGGAAGUGAUCUUAAGAGAGGAAAUCAUCACGCUUCAUGAAAACAGAUCUGCAGAAGCUCUGCAACCGCACUCUCAGUCACAGGACUACAGCUGCACUGACACACACACACACACGUCUAUGUGAAACUAAGACUGGCACAGGAAGCUUAUCAGCAUUGUUUUAAACUGAAGAAAAGAGAGACUCCCUGAUUAAAAACUAUUGACGAGUGAAGGAGUGAGAGAAGUAGCAUUUCAGGAAGGUAAGUUUAUGUUUUAUGAUCUGUUAUUUUCAGAGAGACAUAAAGAGUUCUUAAUUUCCAUGGUUCCACUGGUGUUUUGAUGAUGACAUUAUGUCAGUUCAGUUUUCUGAAUGCCUUCAGUGAAAAAGCUGUAGCUCCUCUCUCAUUAAAGACGUUGUGCCGGAUGAUGUCCUGAUACAUCUGGACUCCUCGGUGCUCUUUGUUGCUUUCUUGGUUUGACAUGGUCAAUACUGCAUGCUUUUAAGCACUCAGGGCUCCAGUAAUGUGCUCUCAUGUCUUUCAGGGCGUGUCAUGUUAUCUUCCUGGCAUGUUACCGCUAAUCUGACCUCUGCUGCGUUAAAUGAGCAUUUUAGGACGCAGCACAAUAAGGGCUCUCUGCAGGAUACUCUGUUGUGUACUGCUAUUUUCUUUUUGACUUGAAGAUCAGACUUUUAUUCAAAAAGACUGAAACAGGAAUACUUCCCUCUGUGGAGCGGGAGGUGGAAGUGAAGAUGAAGAAGAUGAAGAAGUCAGACAAUCAGUUUGGCUUCUCUCUGGAGGCAGACGACAGAACGGAGGAGGAGAAAUUGCGGCAGAAAGCUGCAAAGAAGUCUGGUCUGGUUCCUUCUCUGGGUUUGGGCCAGGAGGCGCCCAAGGCUCCCAUGGACACAGAUUACCAGGAGGAAAUGGAGGAGACUAAGCCUCAAAUCAGAUUCAAUCUCAACUUUGACAAAGCGAUUCGAGGUGAGGAGACGCACAGUAGCAAGAGAGACAGCAACACAUUCAGCAUCACUAAGCUGUUCGAAGCCGUGGCCUGCAGGGACGUCCAACAGCUGGCUGGCCUGCAUCAGUACCUGCACCAGAACAUGAAGAAACUUUCGGACUCUUUGUAUCAGUCCUAUGGUAAAACCGCCCUGAUGAAGGCUCUGCUGCACCUCAAAGACGGCAGGAAUGAAACGGUGGAGCUAUUGAUCAAUAUUUCAGAGAAGAUGGGCGACACAAUGGAAUUUGUGAAUGCGGCCUACACCAGCACAUACUACAAAGGGCAGACAGCUCUCCAUAUAGCCAUCGAGAGGAGGAGUAUUUCCUAUGUGAAGCUGCUGGUCAGUAAAGGAGCAGAUGUUCAUGCCAAAGCCUGCGGAAUAUUCUUCCAGCCACACGACGGCCCCAACUUUUACUUUGGUGAGCUGCCGCUGUCUCUGGCGGCCUGCACCAACCAACCUGAUGUGGUGGACUUCCUCAUGAAGAACCAGUACCAACGAGCAGACCCUAAGAUGACAGACUCUCAGGGCAACACUGUGCUUCACGCCCUGGUGGUGGUAGCUGACAACUCCCUGGAUAACACGGAGUUCAUCACCAACAUGUACGACCGCAUCCUCAAGACUGCUGCACAACUGCACCCCAAGCUGAAGCUGGAGGACAUCGAAAACAAUAAGGGGCUGACACCUCUCAAAAUGGCUGCCAAGACUGGCAAGAUCAUGCUUUUUUCACACAUCCUGAAACGGGAAUUCCAAGGGAGUGACACCAAACAUUUGUCGCGCAAAUUCACCGAGUGGGUUUACGGGCCCAUCAACUGCUCCCUGUAUGACCUGGCCUCUGUGGACUCAUACGAGGACAACUCGGUAUUGGAGAUACUGGUCUAUGGCAGUGACAUUCCUAACCGUCAUGAGAUGCUCCAGACGGAGCCCCUGAACAACUUGCUGGAGUCGAAGUGGAAGAUGUUUGCAGGUCGAAUGUUUUGUUUGAACUUCCUGGUCUACUUCCUGUACCUGAUCAUCUUCACUGUUAUAGCCUAUCAUAAGGAUGAAAAGAUGUCAUUAUCCAUCACACACAGCACAGUGGGUUACCUGUAUCUUUCAGGCCUGCUGCUGACAGCGGUGGCGAACUGUUUUUUCUUUUUAAUAGGGAUCAUAGACAUGAAGAGAAAACGGCCAAAGCUCAAGACGUUGCUGAUUGAUGGAUAUUAUGAAAUUCUUUUUUUUUUUCAGGGCGCCCUCUUCCUGGCCUCGGCCGGCCUGUAUCUGUGCAGCCGGGAAGAGUACCUGGGAUUCCUGGUAGUGUGUCUUGCUCUCAGCUGGGUGAACCUGCUCUACUUCUCCAGGGGAGACAUACACAUGGGCAUCUACAGCAUCAUGAUACAGAAGAUGAUCCUCAGUGAUAUCCUGCGCUUUCUGUUUGUAUAUGUCGUGUACCUCUUUGGAUUUUCAGCAGCGGUGGUCACCCUCCUCAUAGAACCUCCUGUGAAAAACAAUACUCUAACUAAGGAGAGGAGUCUCUUUACCCCUGUUGCCUCUGAUGAGAGCUGUGUAAAACCCACCUUCAGAAACAUCUCCUACACCACUCUGCAGCUCUUCAAGUUCACCAUCGGCAUGGGUGACAUGGAGUUCACUGAGCACUACAGGUACAAGGAGGUCUUCUACGUGCUCCUCAUUGGCUACAUCAUUCUCACCUACAUCCUGCUGCUCAACAUGCUCAUCGCCCUCAUGAACCGCACUGUGGAGAGGACCGCCAUGGAAAGCACCAGCAUCUGGAAGCUACAGAGGGCUAUCACUAUCUUAGACAUGGAGAAAAGGCUGCCAUUCUGUCUGAGGAGGAGGUUUCGCUGUGGGGUGGAGAAAAAUCUUGGCACUGCUCUCGGAAAUGACCUUCGCAGGUGUUUCAGAGUGGAGGAAGUCAACUGGAACAAAUGGAACAUCAACCUGGGCAAAAUCAAUGAGGAUCCUGGGUGCUGGGAUCGUGUCCAACAGCCUGCUUCUGACACUGACACACUGCCAAAUAGAUCAAACAGAGGGAGGAGCUGGAGAGGCUUAUUCAAGUUGGAGAGCAGUCGGCAGCAGCGGCAGACAUAUCAGUCCACAGAGAUGGAUCCUCUGAGAACCACACCAGUCUAACUGACAGCAGGGAGCUUCACUGUGGCUGCUCAGCCUGACUGAUCUGAGCAAUGAGGCAUUCAAACUUAAAGACAGUAUUCAGUUUCAGUUCCCAAGAAAUUUCACUUCCCAAUGUGUGAUCUGUCUUCCUGACUGACAGAUACUCCAAUGUCAGCAUGGAUUUUAACUGUAGCCUUUGAGACAACAUUCACUGACAUUAGCGGUGCUAGAGGAUACUGUUGACAUUUGUUUAACUGGCUGAUAAAAUGGUGUUAAAAAAAAAAGAAUUUAUCACAGCUGAAUGCUACAUCAAGUGCUGCUUAAUUUCCAAAGAAAUCAUGCAUUUGAAAUACAUUAAACAUUGAAUCCAAA